UGUCGGUAAGCGCUCUGGGAAAGCGUCCAGGAAGAAUAAAUAGGAUCCAAUAAAUAUUGGUAAACUUGCAUACUUAAUUAAAGUUGUAAAUGAUAAUAUUACGGAAGUUGUCGUUUGCAGCGAACUGCACGUCGUCACUGCUUGUUCGCAGGGUCUUGAAGAUGGCAGAAAGUACGCAGAAAAGUCAGAAAAUGCCUAGUUCUGAUAUGGCUGCAUUCCGUAAAUUGUUUGACAAAGCAAAACAUAUUGUUGUGCUGACUGGGGCAGGUGUAAGUGCUGAGAGUGGAGUACCAACAUUCCGUGGAGCUGGCGGAUUGUGGAGAACAUGGCAGGCACAGCAACUUGCUACCCCAGAAGCUUUCGAUGACAGUCCAUCUUUGGUCUGGGAAUUCUACCACUACAGGAGGGAAGUGAUGGGAACAAAACAACCAAACAAGGCCCACAUAGCUAUAGCAGAGUGUGAGAAGAGAUUAAAAGGUCAGGGGAGAAGAGUGGUUGUGGUGACACAAAAUAUUGAUGAACUCCACAAACGUGCUGGAUCUGAAAAUAUCAUAGAAUUACAUGGAAAUUUGUUCACAACCCGAUGUACAAAGUGUGGAGAUAUUGCUAAGAAUCAUGACAGUCCUAUUUGUGAGGCCUUAGGAGGAAAAGGUUCACCAGACGUGACGGCUAAGGAUGCCAGAAUCAAAGUAGAAGAUCUGCCAAGAUGUAAGAUAGAUGGAUGUGGAGGGUUAUUAAGACCUCAUGUUGUGUGGUUUGGAGAAGGAUUGUACCCAGAGGUGCUGGCUGCAGCAGACAGAGAGCUAGAUGCUUGUGAUCUGUGUCUUGUGGUAGGAACAUCAUCUGUAGUGUACCCUGCAGCCAUGUAUGCCCCUUCCGUUGCCGCCAGAGGUGUCCCGGUUGCAGAAUUUAACAUUGAAUCUACAGAUGUUACCACAGGAUUUGGAUUUCAUUUUCAAGGUCCUUGUGGUUCCACAAUACCCGAGGCACUGGCUCCAACAGAAUCAGAACCUACAAAGUGAAUCCAGCUGGCUGGCAGAAAAAAUGGCUUUUCUUAUUUAUUAGAAAAAAAACUAUGUGAUAAAUUAUUGAAUGAUAUAUAGAACUGAAGUACAUACCCAGUGCUUUCUCAAUGUACUGCAUUUUAUCUUCCUCUGUUUACAGUAUUUAAGAUAUUUUUGCAGUUUUUUUGCAUUUACUUUUUAUUGCUAACAGGACAUGGUCUGUGUGAAUUAGUGUCGACUGCUGAUGAAAAAAAAAAAAAGACACUGUUGCCCAGCAAUAAAUGUCCUCUACCAGAAUAGGCAUAAUUAAAUAACCAUGUACAAUUGUAAUUAAAAAUAAUAUCUUUUGUGCCAUAGCAACCCCAAUUUUUGAUAUUGCAAAAAAAUUAAGUUAACUGUAUAUUAUCCAUUUUGCCCGUAAUUUAUCUCUUUAGUUAAAUGUAAAUUCUUUUGUAGAUUCAAAGUUAUUGCAGGA